AUGUAUCGGGUCUCGAACAUAUAUGUACUCGCCGCAUUUGGCACCAUCGGCGGAGGGCUCUUCGGGUUCGAUGUCAGCUCGAUGAGCGCCUGGAUUGGAGUCAAAGCAUACACCGAUUAUUUUGGAAACCCCGACUCAAACCUUCAGGGAGGAAUUACUGCCUCUAUGUCGGCCGGUUCAUUCGCCGGUUCAAUCGCAGCAGGAUGGAUUUGUGAUUAUCUCGGUCGCCGCCGAUCAUUGAUGAUUGCCUCUUGGAUUUGGAUCAUUGGCGCUAUGAUUCAGUGCAGCGCCCAAAACGUCACACACUUGGUAGCCGGUCGCGUCGUGAGCGGUCUUUCCGUUGGUAUUACUUCCUCACAAACCCCGGUUUACAUGUCGGAACUUGCGCCCGCCCGGAUUCGAGGUCGAAUUGUCGGGGUUCAACAAUGGUCUAUCGAAUGGGGCAUGUUGAUCAUGUAUCUCAUUGCGUAUGGCUGUGCCGUGGGUAUCUCAGGUCCUUCAGCAUUCCGGAUUUGCUGGGGUAUCCAGGCUGUUCCAGGGCUCGUGUUGUUCAUUGCACUGUUUUUCUUCCCCGAGUCCCCACGUUGGUUAGCUGGGAAAGAGCGCUGGGAGGAGGCACUCGAUACACUGGCUCUGCUUCACGGUAAUGGUGAUCGCCAUGAUCCCGUUGUUCAGGUGGAAUUUGAGGAAGUACAAGAAGCUGCCCGAAUUGCCCACCAAGCAAAGGAUGUUUCAUUCCUAGCAUUAUUCGGGCCUAAUAUCUGGAAACGGACUCUAUGCGGUGUCAGUGUGCAGGUUUGGCAGCAGUUGCUUGGCGGAAAUGUGGCCAUGUACUAUGUUGUAUACAUCUUCGAGAUGGCUGGAAUGACUGGAAACUCCUCGCUCUACUCAGCCGUCAUUCAGUACGUUAUUUUUGUCUUCACGACAGGUGUCAUGCUUCCUUUCAUCGACAGAGUCGGCCGCAGACAGCUUCUGUUGAUAGGAUCCGUCACUUGCAUGGUUGUUCACGCCGUCAUCGCCGCCGUGAUGGCCACGAAGGGCCAUGCUGUACCUUCUGUGAAUGGUAACGCCAAUCUUACCUGGGAAAUCAAGGGUGGUGCUGGCAAGGCAGUCAUCGCCUUCUCAUACAUUUUCACUGCCAUCUAUGGGUUCACUUGGGCCCCUACCGCGUGGAUUUACGCGUCCGAAGUCUUCCCCUUGAAAUACCGCGCCAAGGGAGUCGGCCUCUCAGCAUCUGGAAACUGGAUUUUCAACUUCGCUCUAGCAUACUUCGUUUCUCCUGCCUUCCACAACAUCCAAUGGAAGACCUAUGUGAUCUUCGCCGUGUUCUGCUUUGUCAUGACCUUCCACGUUUUCUUCUUGUACCCCGAGACUGCGGGACGUACCUUGGAGGAAAUCGAUAUUGUCUUUGACACUAAUGUCAAGCCAUGGAGGACUGGUCUGAUCGAGAAUAGAUUCGAAGAAGAGGUUGAGAAGCACGAGGGUGGCGUGAAGGAAGUCGAAGCAGUGGAUCACAAAGAGGUUGUCUAG